AUGACUUGGCUCCUUGUUUUGAACGCGCGUUUGGCAUCGACUGGGCCCGUUAGAAAGGAGAAGAACCUCACCUUGCAGAAAACAGAUGAGCAGCCGUUGAAAUGGAAAGAGACAAAGAUCGGAACGCUGCGUAAAGCGUUUGGCAAAAUACUCCCUUUCGAACCUGAGAAAUAG